AUGUUCAGACUCGCACUGCCUCGGCCUCGCUGGCAGAGAGCCGCGCUCGCCUUCUCUCUUGCAGCCUUCGUAACCUUCCUGAUCAACCUUGUGUUCGUACUAUGGGCAACAUCUCGGACGACGAUAACGGACGGCGUGGGAAUCCUGGCAGAGCAGAGCUGUCCGACGGCCGAGAGGUGGAGUACAGGAAUACACGUCGUCAUCAACGCCCUCAGCACCAUUCUUCUUGCCGGCAGCAACUACUGCAUGCAGUGCUUGAUGGCACCAACGCGAACCGAGAUAGACGACGCGCACGCAAAACGACGCUGGCUCGAUGUCGGCGUGCCCAGCAUUCGAAACCUGUGGAGUAUCUCACGGAAGAGAAAGAUCAUUUGGGGCCUUUUAGCUGUCUCUUACAAUUCCAUUAUAUUCACCUCAACUCCAGUGAACGAGUACUUCGUUUUCCACACAGACACAGGCUUUCUAGAAGCAAGAAACAUAAGCGCCAUGUUUCCAAGCCUCAAUGACAGUCCGAGAUUCAAUGACGAGGCUGCCCAGCGUUGGGAAGCUCUUAACGACGCUUUUCGAAGCGGUCAGAUGGAGAAGCUGACCGUGGCCGACUGCCUGACGUCCUACAGAACUCCGUUCCAGUCUACGCGGGCAAACCUACUGCUCAUUUCAGCAGGGGAUGUGGGGUUAGAGUAUCCAGACCUGUAUACUUUUGCCUAUGAUACUUCAAUGAUACAGCCCUCGUCUUGGAUGUGCGAGAAUGCCGACCGAGCUAGCCCUGAUGACUUCAGCUGCGACGACCAACUCCGGAAAAUCAAAGCAGACGAGUGGCGCCCGUACGGACGGGCGGUUAAGGAAUGCCACAGCCAGAAGACGGAGGAGUCCUGCAAGAUUCUCUUUAGCGCCUCACUCUGCUGGAUCGUCAUUUCCGUCAACUUGUUCAAGGGCAUUUUGAUGCUGUUCGUGGCAUUUGCAAGCACUCGCGACCAGCCCCUCCUGACCGUUGGAGAUGCUGUGGCUUCGUUCCUUGCUCAUCCGGAUGAGUCGACGACAAAUAUGUGCCUCAAGUCGAAAAAGGACUUUAUCGAUUGCAAUUGGUUCAAGUCUCCCCAGCGUUUCAAUGCCAAGUCGAGGAGGAAAUUCGCUGCGGGUACACCUGCGAGGUGGAUCUCGUGUAUUCUGUUCUUUGCCGUCUUACUUACUACCUACACUCUGCUCCUCAUCUUUGGAUUACGCCAGGCCCCCGGCGAUAAAAACGUCAUUACUAUGGGCCUCGGCCUAAACACCAAGACCGUUCUCGACAUCAAUGGAGUCGCACCUCAUCAGCAAUCGCUGAUUCCGUAUACACUGCUAGCAAACACGCCGCAGGUCAUAUUCUCGCUCUUCUAUUUCACCUACAACGCUCUUUACACGAAUCUUUCUCUCGUCACCGAGUGGGAUAGGUUCGGCGACCGGACGGGCGCAAAAGGCCUGAGGGUAUCGUCUGCGCCCCAAGGAUCCCAACGCGACACGUACUUUCUCCACCUUCCAUAUAGAUAUUCGAUCCCGCUCCUCGUUUGCUCCGGAGGUCUACACUGGCUCGUGUCGCAAAGUUUAUUCUUUGUCAACAUUGAGAUUUACGAUCCUUCGUACCUGCCUGAGAAUGUCAUGUCCAUGACCCCCCAGUGGACCAACAUCGAUGACAAUGGUUCCAUACCGUACGAGAUAAACUUUUCGUCAGGGACUUUGAAGACCUGUGGAUGGUCGCCGUUGGGGGUCGCUUUGGUCGUGGCGGUUGGGUUUGUCAUGCUCGGACUCCUUCUCGUGUCGGCCGGGCGACGCCUGAGGUUCGGCGGGAUACCUGUCGCCGGCAGCUGCAGCGCGGCCAUCUCGGCGGCUUGUCACCCGAACCUGAGCGAGAAAGACGCUUCGGGAGAGUUGUUGCGAUGGGGUGUUUUGGAGUCGGAGGGUGACGAGCGCGAGAUGGGGCACUGUUCCUUUUCAGCCCAGCCUGUCAGAGCCCCGGUCCAGGGUCAGUUUUACCAAUGA